CCGCCUUCGUGUCCAUAGCGACGGCGGCGGCGGCGGCUGUCGGCUUGCUUAAGGAGGCGCCGCCGCCGCCAGGAUCUCGGAGCUAGGAGUUAACCCCGAGGGGGAGCGGGCUCCCCCUCGCGACGGCGGGGACAGACAGUCCUGUGGAACGAAGAGACGGUCCUCGACGUCCAGCAACGCCCAGGAAGAGCUGCAGCGGGCGAGGGGCGGCCAUGAGCGACCAGCUGAGGCCAGCCCCGGGCUGCUAGGGGCAACUCCAGCAGCCCCUGAGCUCUCCUCGAAACCUCGGGUGGGCAGUGUCUGCCAAUCUAAGAGGAUGGAGCCCAGUACCUGUAAGACCAGUGAAUCUGAGGAAGAAUAUGUUGAGGAAGAAGAGUCUGAGGAAGAGUGUGUUAGAGAAGAAGCGACCACCCCCAACUCUUCCCAGCAGGCACUUGCAAAGGCUGACUAUAAAGAGUUUGAGAAUGGGGUUACCUUAUCUGUUGUGGCCAAGAAAAUCCCAAAGAAAAUCCUAAGUGUAACAGACACAGAUGAUUUGGAAGCUGGGAGGAGAAAGAGGAAGCGGAAACGGAGACCCCUGGCCAUCAAUCUGACCAACUGCAAGUAUGAGAGUGUGCGCCGGGCAGCCCAAAUGUGUGGCCUGAAGGAAGUGGGGGAGGAUGAAGAGUGGACUGUGUACUGGACAGACUGCUCUGUCUCACUGGAACGAGUCAUGGACAUGAAGAGGUUUCAGAAAAUCAACCACUUCCCUGGCAUGACAGAAAUCUGCCGCAAAGAUCUGCUGGCUCGGAACCUCAACCGCAUGCAGAAGCUCUACCCUACCGAGUACAACAUCUUCCCUCGAACCUGGUGUCUCCCUGCAGACUAUGGGGACUUCCAGGCCUACGGUCGUCAGCGGAAAACCCGCACUUAUAUCUGCAAGCCAGAUAGCGGCUGUCAGGGGCGUGGCAUCUUUAUCACCAGAACCCCUAAGGAAAUCAAGCCAGGAGAGCAUAUGAUCUGCCAGCAGUACAUCACCAAGCCCUUCCUCAUUGAUGGCUUCAAGUUUGACAUGCGAAUCUAUGUUCUGAUCACUUCCUGUGACCCUCUCCGGAUCUUCAUGUAUGAGGAAGGCCUGGCCCGUUUUGCCACCAUGCCGUAUGUGGAACCUAGCCAUAACAACCUGGAGGAUGUGUGCAUGCACCUGACCAACUAUGCGAUCAAUAAACACAAUGAGAAUUUUGUCCGGGAUGAUGCUGUGGGCAGUAAGAGGAAGCUGUCGACACUCAAUGCCUGGCUGCGAGAGCACAGCUAUGACCCCCGAGAGCUGUGGGGGGACAUCGAGGACAUCAUCAUCAAAACCAUCAUCUCAGCCCACUCUGUUCUUCGCCACAACUACCGAACCUGUUUCCCCCAAUAUCUGUGUGGAGGUACAUGUGCCUGCUUUGAGAUCCUGGGUUUUGACAUCUUACUGGACCACAAGCUCAAACCCUGGCUUCUAGAGGUAAACCACUCCCCAAGCUUCACCACAGACUCUCGCCUGGAUCGAGAGGUGAAAGAUGCACUUCUCUGUGAUGCCAUGAACCUUGUCAACCUCCGGGGCUGUGACAAGAAGAAGGUGAUCGAAGAGGACAAGCGUCGAGUCAAGGAGCGGCUUUUCCCAUGCCACCAACAGCCACGAGAAGCCAGGCGAGAGCAGAUUGAGUCAUCCCAGGCUGCCAUGCAGGACCAGGAGCGAUAUGAAGAUUCCCACCUAGGGGGCUACCGGCGGAUCUACCCUGGGCCCGACUCAGAGAAAUAUGCACCCUUCUUCAAGCACAACGGCUCCCUCUUCCAGGAGACUGCUGCCUCCAAGGCCAGAGAGGAGUGUGCCAGGCAGCAGCUGGAAGAGAUUCGCCUCAAGCAGGAACAGCAGGAGAACCCAGGCACCAAGAAGCGGAGGGAGAACAAGGACCAGAACCAGGGGGAAUCGGCUGGGGAGAAGAGCCGAUCCCGAGCAGGAACACGCGGCCUUGUCACCAGCUUGGCUUAUAGAAACCGGAACCGGGAGAAAGAGCUGCUACCAGCACACCUGGACACCAUGCAGCCUCAGGACAUUGUGGAAGAGGAAGAGCUUGAGCGGAUGAAGCUCCUGUUACAAAGAGAGAAUCUCAUCCGAAGCCUGGGUAUUGUAGAGCAGCUCACUCGCAUGCUGUACCCCAGCCACCGGGGCCACAGAAAGCUUCAUGAGUAUCGGCCUAGAUUUCACCAGGACGGGCUGGGCAGUCAAGAACUGCAACCUGUGAAUUUGGUCCCACUGGUGUUCCUGAGAGGGGCCGCCUCAGAACAGGUCCCUCCUCAUUUCCUGCAACCACUCCGGCCCCACGAGUUGAUCCCCAGGAUCUUAGGGCCACUCUCAAGCACGAAUCCCGAAAUUGCACAGCAUUCUCGGUGCCAUCUGCAGCCCAAGAACUUCAACUGGAUAGGAGAUCCAGCAGCCACUGGCCACUGUUCAUUGUCAAUGAAGAAAUCUGGGAAGCACUAUUUUUCCAGCUCUAGAGUCAGGCUCACUGGCCAAGGUCAAGCCAGCAGAAGGCUAGAAGCCAUAAACCGAGCCCUGUCAGGAUCAGUGCCACCCACUUUAACCCCAAAGCAGGGCUAUCUUCUGCAGCCCGAAAGACAGGGAAGUGACUCAUGGACCGAAUGCCGCACCUUGCCCUCCAUGGUAAACUCUGGCCACAGAGGAGCAAAGGCUGGGAAUCUCAGCCUAUGCCCUGCCUCUGCACCAGUGCUGCAUCAUUCCAGCCCACUCCUCAACGUCGUCCAACACAGGUAAAAGAAGGGAAGCCCAGCACUCAACUAAAAGAGCAAAUGGCCUUCAACCAUUGCCAAUGGAAAGACUGCCACCCAGUUCCAGUUUGAAAAGCUCUGGCCAGGACCUUUGUUUGCAAGAGGCAAAACACAGACACCAAGAAUUCUUCACCAUUCUAAGAUUCUUUGGUAAAGAUAAACAAGAUCGGUAAAGACUAAAAGAUGAAGCGCUAAGACCAGCAUGUAUGCGUCUCUGCUCAUCAAGCCUUAGGCUGAGUUUACCGCUAAGCGAUGGGUCUGAACCCUGGUUGUGGCCUGUGGCUGGAGGUCAUUGGGCAACAAGGAGUUCCCUUCCGAGUGGAGUCAAAUGCCCAAGGUACGGUGUAGUCGCCAUCAGAAGAUUGCUUAGGGUUCGCCCUUCCUGCCACAGUGGCAGAAUCAGGCAGGCCUGGGCAGCCUGUGCCAGAGGGGCGGCUCUGGGCAAUGAACCCGUCUUUUUAUUAAAGUUUAUGUCAUUUUC